GUCAAAUUCAUACUAUUUACCCUAUGGCAAAUUAAUGACCACAAACGCAUUCUAAAAUAAUGGCGACACAACGAUCCCCCAAUCUGGAGAACCUUCGCAGUCCGGGCAUCAGAUGGUAUAAAGUAUAAGUAAUAUCGAACCCUAAAGCCCCCGGAACACUUCAUAUCUUUCAUCUGGCGUAAGUUCACUUCAGGGGCUGUUUCGCGAAUGCAGGGCGCACGCGCCGUCCCGGCAGAGGUGGCGGCGUAACAGAAGUUAAACACAGGGUAGCGAGCUCUGAUCCCGCCCAUGGAUCAGGAGACGGCGCCCCUUCGCAACCCUCUCGCUCCCUUGCCAACCCUCGGAGAGCGGAAGGCGUCAUAUGCCGCCACCAAGGAGGCUUUAUGGUGCUGCUGAUGCUGCCGACUGAUCUAGUCGCAUCUGUGCUGGGAGCUGAUCGAGACGCUGCUUCUGGAGGGUGUAUGGGGAAUGUGCCGAGUUCUGUCUUGUUGUGAAAAAUUGUGAGUGUAUGAGAGUUCGUUGAUUUUUUCGUGAAGGAAAUGGAUUGUACUGUAACACAAACCAAUACAAUGUUACCGUCUCUUCAUCAACCGUGCUCACCAGAAAUACAUCACUCAAAUGAUAUUCGAAAUACGCCACCAAGCGUAGACUGCUUUUCCACAGAAGCGUCCGAUCAUCCAUUGGCACUUUGUCUGCCCAGUUCGCAAACUUUAGUACAAGCCUCCAGGACACCACCGCCACCUUGGACUCUACCAACAAAAAAAGGAACGCCCGGGUUGAUAUGCGUUGUUUGUGGUGAUACAAGUUCAGGAAAGCAUUAUGGAAUUUUGGCAUGUAACGGUUGUUCUGGAUUCUUCAAAAGGAGUGUGAGGAGAAAGCUUAUAUACAGGUGCCAAGCAGGAACAGGACGCUGCAUUGUAGAUAAGGCGCAUAGAAAUCAGUGUCAAGCAUGCAGGUUGAAAAAAUGUUUAACAAUGGGAAUGAACAAAGAUGUUUUGAUUGCAGCCGUCCAGAAUGAAAGACAGCCAAGAAACACGGCGACCAUUCGGCCAGAAACCCUGAGAGACAUGAGCGCCGAGCAGGAAAGGGCACUUCGAGAGGCAGCAGUGGCAGUUGGAGUUUUCGGACCUCCAGUAUCAUUAACAAUGGCAUUGUCCCCUAACAGAUACACACAGAGCUUAUUACCCAGUGUACCACCUCCGUCACUACCAACCAGAGAACCCACCCCUGCGAAGGAAAGCAGCGAUAAUGAUGAGGAGAGCAUUGAUGUCACGAAUGAAGAAGACGAUACCCCAACGUCAGGCUGCGGGGUUUCAUCGAGCAGUGGACCCCUGAGACCAGAACCUCAAAACCUAGGAAGCCUCACUGGGAUUUAUCCUGGAGCUCACGAGACCAUCUACGAAACUUCUGCAAGGCUUCUUUUCAUGGCAGUAAAAUGGGCUAAAAAUUUGCCCAGUUUUGCAAGCCUACCCUUCAGGGACCAGGUCAUACUUCUCGAAGAAUCGUGGAGCGAAUUGUUCUUAUUGAACGCCAUCCAAUGGUGCAUGCCCAUCGACGUCUCAGCCUGUCCAUUGUUCAACAUCAGUGAACACACAAAAUAUGGCAAUAGUGUAACUGACGUCAGAUAUUUAGCAGAUACGUUGAUUCGUUUCAAGGCAGUUCAUGUUGACCCUGCUGAGUUCGCUUGUUUGAAGGCUAUAGUUCUCUUCAGAGCAGAAACAAGGGGUUUGAAGGAUCCCAGCCAGAUAGAGAACCUUCAAGAUCAGGCUCAAGUAAUGCUAUGGCAACAUUGCAGAACCCAGUUACCAGGGCAAGUUGCUAGAUUUGGAAGGCUCCUACUGAUGUUGCCGCUGCUACGAAUAGUGCCACCAUCCAGAGUGGAGGCAGUUUUCUUUCAAAAAACAAUCGGAAAUACGCCGAUGGAAAAAGUGUUAUGUGAUAUGUAUAAAAAUUAGUUGUCAUAAAAUAUGUACCUAAAUUUUAAUCCUAAUACCUUUAUGUCUCGAACACAUAAUUUUUGUCAUGUAUAGAAAAAACCUACGAAA